CGUUCAUUCUCGUGCGUGAAGUCUAGCGGGAAGCACGUGUGCAGCGCGCGCUCGCAAAUCGUUCGAAAAUAAAAAAAAGACGCGCCCAACCGCGAUCCUUCGGCGCCCGUCUCGAGGACUCGAGUGUUUUGAUACAUUGUUUAUUACGGUCGGUUCACCGUCGCAACGGGUAGCAUUAAAACUUAAUGUUGAUUUGAAAGAUUGGCCCGAUCGUUCGAUCGAUCGCGCUCAGUACACGGCCGGCUAGUGUUUUGGUCCGUUGUGCGGAAAUCGAACGGUGUACGGUGGUGUGUUUUUAUUUUGAUUUCGUUCUCAAUCUAUCAGUACGGCUUGUUGUGUGCGUGUGUGUGAUUUUAGUUCGAAAAUUCGAAUCAUACGGCAAACGUGCAGGGAGGAAUCGUGAGUGAGCCAAGCGUCAACGGAGCGGGUGACGGGGCCGCUGUAGAUUACGGAGCAGUGAUUAACGUAAUUUAAACUCAUUUUAUGGUCAUCAUACACGUAGUACGUACGGUGCGGCAUGACGGUCCAGGAGUGUGUAGCAAACUGCGCAAUCUUCAAAACCAAACCGGAAAGGAAUUAGGAAAAUAAAAGCAAACGUGAACCAAGCGAUCGUACCCGGUUUUGACGAUAGUUUAAACCUUCCCGCUGCCGCUAGUGAUUGGCCAAAUAAAGCCUUACUAAUCGGAGUACGAUCGCGUAAAACAACCAGAUCAUCCAAGUCAAGGCAGCCGCAGCCGAACGCAAGAGAUAAGUUAUUUCGGCGCCUUAAAUUGGACCCCGGGAAACAUUUUGUUAAUUAAUUACUGCCAGCGUCCAGCGCGUUGUUCUGAUCGACAAUUGGGGCACAUGCGGCAAGCCGUGGAUCGGCAGUGUGGCGGAGGAAAUAAAACUUAAAAGCCAACCCCCAAAUCGGCGCAACUGCCAAAUGGACGGUUGAAUAUGCCGCCAUAAAGACGCAGUGAAACAACGAAAUCAUGCUGCAACGAUUUAAAUUGAUUUGAAUGCUGCUAGUGAGAGAAGUUCCCCAAACCAAGCGCACUAAACUGGAGCGUGGAGGACGGAUUGUAUUUAAUACCUAAUUUCCGUUAAUCUUGCAAUUGCUGCAACGGCUAAUAUAGUUAGCCCCCGGCCAAUUGGUUGUUCCGGUAUGCGAAUUGUUUACUGCGGCCUGGAAUCACUUUUGACAAUUGUGACAGCAGACGAGUGGCCUAGUCGCCGCGCCAGGCAGAUUACGCCUAGUCAGUGAGUGAGAUUAGUUUGUGCCCUCAGUAUCAUUGCCCCCUAUCCCGGUGAGCAAUCAAAACACACACACACACGGAACCCGGGGAAUGAACGUUUAUUGGCACAAUCACAACAGAUGCCCUCGCGCGUUUCGCAGCCUCCCGUCGAACCGAGUGGAUGCGUUGGAAAGUUGACAACUGUCAAUUUUAAAUGCGACGUUGUCGUCCCCCAUUGUGUAGUAGUAGGCUGUGCAGGUUGUUUGAAAAGUGCGCUGCCAAAACGGGAAGUGGUUGAUUGUGCAGGAUCGUUCUCACUGCGCCCCGUGUCAGUUAAGUGUGCUUAGUGCGUCGUAUGUUCGAUAGAACCGCAAAAUGCAGCCAAUGUGACAUGAUAAGGAAUAUUUCCAAUAGUGCUCAACGAUACCUGCUGCAUAGUAGUAGGCUGCCGAAUCUGUGAGCAAGCGAGAGAAAAAGAGUCUGGUACAGAAGAAGAAGAAAAACGAAAGGAUCUAGUAGACAGAUGCUGCGACCGUAUCUGCGCAAACUGUCAAAUCUUCGUGUCACCCGGGCUAAUCAGAAGGCGCAAUGUGCUGUUAAAAAAUCCAGCUCGGAGUGAAUCUAGAGUAAUAAAAAACCUUCUCAAUUAAGACUAAUUUCCUAACGCAACAAACACACCCGUUCAAGUGUAAGUGGAAUCCCCCUGGCCGUGUGCAUCAAGUGCCUCCCGAAAAUGGCGGACGUCGAAUCGCAGAAGAUAUGUGUCAAGGCAAAGUCCAAGAUCACCUUUCCCCGGGCAGUUGACACGUUGAUACUGGUGCUAGUCGCCUGUUUUCUUAUACUGACCGAACUGGGCCUGCUGCCGCAAGUGGUAAAGCGCGGCUUCUACUGCAACGAUCAAUCGAUCCAGCAUGAGUAUAAGGGCGAUACGAUAACGACCGUCACCAUACUGCUCAGUGGGCUGAUUCCGGUAGCGCUGAUAUGGCUGACAGAAGCAUUCCUCUACACGCCAUCGAUCAGUCUGAGCAAAACGGAAACCGAAUCGCGGUGCCGCGGUUCGUGGCGUGAGGCUUGGUACUGGUCGAAGAAGUAUGGCCGCGGACUUAUCACCAUGCUAGUCAUCAUCGGUACGAUAAAGAUUUUCCUUGGUGAACUGCGGCCACACUUUCUGACCACCUGUCAACCGGAUGUCGAAUGCAAGGGCACCGAAUACAUCAGCUCGUACACGUGCACCAACAGCGACGAAAGUCUGUACUUUGUGCGAGACGCCAGCAAAUCCUUCCCGUCGGGCCAUUCCGCCAUGUCCGUGUUCGAGGCAAUCUUUCUCAUCUGGUACCUGGAGAAGCGUGUGCCCCGGCUGCGGACCCUCUUCACCAUACCGCUGCUGCAGAUGGUGCUGAUGUGCUGGGCCGUGUUUUGUUCGCUAUCACGCAUCACCGACCAUCGGCAUCACUGGUGGGAUGUGCUGGCUGGUACGGUGGCGGGCUGUAUCGCAGCCUUCAUGACGUGUCUUUUCGGAUGUCACAACUUCGACACGAGCAAACGGAAACGGAAGACUUCCCUCUAUACCGAUCACGAUCACAAGCUGAUCAACACUGGCAGCGGAAAUGCGGCCACCAUCGGUACACCGCUGCACAAGGAAGAGAUCAACCUCAACAACGUGAUCCACGCCUGACCGCGCAGCUGGAAGCGAGUCUUGGGCAGCGGGGAGAUCCAACCCUCCCUCCCGCACCCAUUCGCUGCCCGUAUUCCACAGAAACAGUAUUUUGCGCUAUGUAUUGUAUGACGAUUCGUUGCGACGGUUGCUCUAGGUUGCGGGAACAUACCGGUGUGGUGGUGUUCCAACUUUCAUUUGUCAUGAGGUAGGGUAGGAUUCAGAAGAUUCAUACGCGAUAAGAACAUCGCGCCGGCAGAGUAACAUUCGAACCGCCUGCCCAAGUGGCGGGGUCGGUAUUGUGAUAUUAUUCAAUAAGUCAUUAACAUGUGUGUAGUAGAUAUAGACCAACAAAAACCCCUUCAACCUCUCCAAGAACUCGCCCCUCAAAAUAGUCGCCGGCGUAACCACGAAACAAAGUGCCAAACCGAAAAUCCGGCUGUCGAACGACGAUGUACGAAUGUUAAGAGCAAUCUGCAGGAAUCAUUACAACAUUAUCUUACAGAAACACAGAAGCAGAUGUUACAUGUAGUUUCUGUGCCCCGUUUAGCCGUUAAGAGAAAACAAAUAGAUUUUAAAAAUCUUCCUUAAUGUUAAUGUUGAGGUAAGGAAUUUAAACACAGUCACUAAAACCAACCAGGGAAGGGGUGCACGGUACGGAAAGGGAGGCGAUGUUAUAUUAUUGUAUUUUAUGCGCAAGCAGAAAGAAAAAAAUAUAUGUAUUUGCAUUAUUUAUAAAUAUUUAAAAGAA